AGGCCCUGCCCCUCCAAUCGUGGCCUCCUAUGGACACCAAGACUCACAGCCUUCCCAUCACCCACACCCAGCCCCAUAGCAACUCUCGGCCCCAAAGCCCCACCUGCAGGCCGUGCACCUGCAGCCGCCACUGCCAGACCUGCAGCCAGCAUUGCAGCCAGAGCCGGAGCUCCAGCCGCAGCCCGACCACCCACCACAGCCCACCCGGCGCCCAGAGCUCAUCCGGCCGCCAGAGCCAGAGUCCCAGCCCCAGCCCACCACCAAAGCACCACAAAAAGACCAUGAACUCCCACCACUCUCCCACGCGGCCCACCAUCCUUUACAGCAGCUGCCCCAAGAGAAGAAAGAACUUGGAAGUCAAGAUGAACAAGAGAAAAAUGGCCAAGAGGAUCCGGCAGGUGUACAAAACCAAGAAGCGGAGCUCAGGACAGAAAUCCAACGAAUGAGACUGCACUCCUUGGCUUGUUCCUGCGUGUUUCACCCAAAUGAGAAACGCUAUCAUGCAUAGAAGGCUAGGAUGAAGUCCAUCUUCUUGCAGGAACAUGUUACUAUGGUGAU